AUGGUGCUGAUGAAUAGCCUGCAGGUCAUUCUUCAAACCUCUGCAUGCAAAUCACUGGGGAGAAAGUUCCAGAUUCCAAGAUCUGUGCCAGUGAGGGCCUGCAGCCUCUACACCUGCACUUACAGAACCCAAAGCGAACCUGUGAUUACAGUAAUCAAUGGCUGUCAAUGCAAAUUGCUCUUUGCUUUUAUCUCAAGCAGCAGACACUCAGCGACCCCUUCUCUUGGCCAGGACACCCUGGUGGAAUUUGGGUCAUUCGACCCUGGCUGCCUGAUGCCCAGCUGCCCAGAUUACUGGACCUACUUGGGGUCCCUGACUACCCCGCCACUCUACAAGUCCAUCACCUGGAUCACUAAGAAGCAGCCUGUAGAGGUGGACAGUGAUCAGGUUCAUUCUGUCCACAUUUUUGUAUGA